AUGCCGAAUUUUGCCCGCGGAUCCUGUCGAUGGGGCCAGAACUGCCGCUUCUCGCACGACAGAAAGUCAGCCCAGAUCUGCAGGUACUUCCAGAGCGGGUUUUGCAGCUACGGAGAGCGGUGCAGCUACCAGCACAUCCUAGAGGAGCCGGUGCCAGUGGGGACCCGCUAUGGCCCUGUGCCCCCCGGCCGCUGGGGCUCAGAACCCGGCAGUGUGCCUGUGGCAAUGGCCCGGGGCUGGGGGGGAGCCCGGCAUAGCUCGGCCCACCCUGUCCCCGGCGUGACGCAUGUGGCCUUCAAGUUCCCAAGUGUGGAGGUUGAGGAGGAAGAGAAAGACAAGGAGAACAUCCCAGUGCCUGGUAGUGGCCCCUGUGGGGCCAUCUGCGGAGCAUCUGUCCCUCCACGGGCUCAGGGUGCCUCAGGCUCCCCACCGCGAGGCCUGGGACUGGAUCCAAAUUCUCGUGACCCCAGAGAGGCAGUGGUGGAGACAGCGACGUCGACUGACCCUGCAGAGGUCCCCACGGAGCUGGGCGCUGCAGCAGCCCCGCUCUCCACCGCAGCACUGAGAGCCCGGAGCGAGGCAGUGGUGUGUGGCAUCUGCAUGGACCGGGUGUACGAGAAACCAUUGCCAGAGGAGCGGCUCUUUGGGAUCCUCCCAAACUGCAGCCACGCGUACUGUGUGGGCUGCAUCCGCAAGUGGCGUCGCAGCCGGGACUUCCAGAACGCGGUCAUCAAGGCCUGCCCGGAGUGCCGGGUCACCUCCAGUUACUACAUCCCCCACAAAUACUGGGUCUCGGAUGCGGGUGAGAAGGAGAAGCUCAUAAAAACCUUCAAGGCGCGGACGAGGAAAAUCAGGUGCAAGUUCUUUGUCCGGAACCGCGGCCACUGCCCGUUCAAGUCAGACUGCAUCUACCUGCACGAGCUGCCGGCCAGCUGGCUGCCGCGGCGCAGACGGCAGCGGCCGAGGAUGCCUGUUGUAAGUGGGGCGGCGUGUCCUGGGGGGCUGAGGCAUGGUAUGGCCAGCUCUGACGAGGAGGAUGAGGAGCUCUGCAUGCUCGAAUGGGCUUUCACCCUGGCUCUGAUGGAGACGGACUUUCGGUAUUCGAGUUACGGCCGCGAGAUGCUCUUCACUGACUUCAGCGACUCCGACUAA